AUGCGUAUUUUUGCUGCCAAAAAGAAAACCGACACUCCCACUGGCUCACCCGUAGCCUCCUCUCCUAUCUCUUCCGGAUCCUUUACAAGAAAUUCACCUGGAUCCUCCUAUGCGUAUCCUCCAACCAUGUCUCCUGUGAGUUCUAAAUCAGAACCAUCAAGCCCAUCGAGUCCCGGAGGUUAUUUUAAUGGUUCUCUUCAACCAUUUGAUAUUUAUAGUGAAUAUAAUGAUAAGGUGUGGAAGGAAGGAUUUUUGAUAAAGGAAGGAAGACUUGUGAAGAGUUGGAAGAAGCGUUAUUUCCAAAUCAAAGGUUCCGUAUUGACCUACUUCAAAAGUGCCAAAAAGAAUGAGAGUGACGUUAAGGGACGAAUGGAUUUGAAAGGAGCUCAAGUGUACUAUCUUGGAGAUGUCUCUUCCUAUGAUAGCUUUUUCCAAACGAUGAGAUUUAACACUGUAUUAGAAAAUGAGGAAAUUGAUAGUGACGAUGAAGAGGAAGCACCCAAUGCCAACAACUCGAGCUUUAAUUCUUCAAAUGCCAAUAACACAACAGGAAACAAUGCAGUUGCUAUUCAAAGAAAAUUAGAAAGUAAUGCAUACAAGUACAAGUUUUGUGUAAUUGCUGCAGAUCGUGAAUUGUUUAUGGCUGCAGCAAGUAUUCAAGAUGCCAAAGAUUGGGUGAAGAGAAUUAGAGCUUGUAUCUUUGUUGAAGAUUACUUUGUGGAUUGUAAAAGUUGUGGUGUGGAAAGACCUCUCCUGUCAGUGGUCAUGUUAUUGACAUCUGUUGCUUCUAUGGACGCCACUGAAGAAGAGAAAAAGAGUGCCCAACUUAUGGGAGCAGUGGAUGAUUCGAGGCACUCAGAUAUUGAAACACUUGUGUUACAACAUGAAGAUCCAUUCACAAUUUCUGAUCUAAAGGCCUUAACCACAACUUGUAUUCAAAGUACUAGGGUUAAUUUAAAGAGUUUAUCCAUCACACAUUGUGGAAUUGGUGACGAACAUUUGAGAUUAUUAGCUCACGGAAUGGCUGAUAACCAAACCAUUACAACAUUGGAUUUGUCUCAUAACUUCAUUUCGGAUUUUGGUAUUUGCGAUUUAAUUGAUGGUCUCUUUUUAAACGUCACACUCAAAAGACUUUCAUUUUCACACAAUUCCAUUGGAGAUGUUGGAUGUGUGUAUUUGAGUGAUUUACUUUUAGGAAAUGUCAGUAUCAAGAAGCUCGAUAUUUCAUAUAACAGAAUUGGUGCCAAUGGUGCGAAAAGUCUGAGUAAGGCGCUCAUCAGCAAUACCUUAUUAAGAGUGCUUGAUUUGGGUCACAACAAUAUUGGAAAUGAAGGUUGCUCCUCAUUGGCUGAAGGUCUCAAACAAAACAAAACUCUCGAAACUUUGGACCUUUCUUUUAAUUCGAUUGGAAGCGAUGGAUUAACACGACUAUGCAAUGAAGGAAUUAUUUACAACAGAGGAUUGAAAGAUUUGAGUCUACAUGGAAAUGCGUUCGAUAAUGCAGGAGCAAAGAGUUUAGUGAAAGCACUCAUUGAUCACAAGACCUUGAAACGAGUGGAUUGUGGAGAAAAUUCACAAAUUGGAACAGAAGGAAUUAUUACAUUGGCUCAAACUCUGACCACAAAAUAUAUGGUCGGUAAAUUAGUGAUGAGAAGCAAGAACGUAAAUAAGUAA